GUUCAUUCAUCUUCUUCCACAGAGAGAGAGAGAGGUGAGUUAACGCGAAGGUUAUUCCGCACGAGGGAGGAACUGUUCCGGAGCCAGACAUCACGUUGAGAGGAGCCGGGAAAAGCAAACGAGAGGCUUCGCGUUUUUUUGCGGCUAGAAAGGAGCGCAUUCUUCUUCCUAACAUUACAAGAGAGGUGAAAUCAUCAUGGGUAAACACAACAGCAAGCUGGCCCCGGAGGUCCUGGACGACCUGACCAAGAGCACCGAAUUCAACGAGGCCGAGCUCAAGCAGUGGUACAAAGGCUUCCUCAAAGACUGUCCCUCCGGCAUCCUCAACCUGGAUGAGUUUCAGCAGCUCUACGUCAAGUUUUUCCCAUACGGCGACGCCUCCAAGUUCGCCCAGCACGCGUUUCGGACAUUUGACAAGAACGGCGAUGGGACCAUUGACUUCAGGGAGUUCAUUUGUGCCCUGUCCAUCACCUCCAGGGGCAGCUUCGAGCAGAAACUCAACUGGGCCUUCAACAUGUACGACCUGGACGGGGACGGGAAGAUCACACGCAUGGAGAUGCUUGAGAUAAUAGAGGCCAUCUACAAGAUGGUGGGCACGGUGAUCAUGAUGCGUAUGAACGAGGACGGGCUGACCCCCCAGCAGCGCGUGGACAAAAUCUUCUCCAAGAUGGACAAGGACCACAACGACGAGAUCAGCCUGGAGGAGUUCAAAGAGGCCGCCAAGUCCGACCCCUCCAUCGUCCUGCUGCUGCAGUGUGACAUGCAGAAGUAGAGAGGGACGGAGGGUGGAGAUACGGAGGGAGGGAGGGACGGAGGAAGGGUCGAACUAGAACAAGAGAGAGGCACAUGGGGACAGAGAGGCAGGAGAGAAAGGAGGGGGGGGGGGGGUGGAGCUGAGAGAGGAAGAGGAGAGAGGCACUAAGAACGAGCCGUAUUUGGAACACAAUGGACGACUGAUUGAUGCCAUUCAUUUUCCUCCUAACCAUCCCACUGUUGCAGCACUUCAGAAGGGCGUCUUUAUAAACCCCGUCCGUGCAAAGCUCCUUUGAGCGUAGACCAAACAACUUCAGUAAGAAUUUGCAGAGGAAAUACGAGUGUCACUCCCACCGUCACAGCGCCAGGCUCCCCGCCGAGCUCGUGAGCUCACAAGGCUGCAGGGUGACCUCGGCGCCAAAAUGUCACCGCUUGCGCAUUCUUUUCUUGUUUUGCCAAACUUUCCCGCGCGACGGCCUUUUCGAGAUCCCAGUCUCAAUAGAUGUAAUUGCGAAGGAGCCUUUGUUCUCAUCACGUCAACGCGAAAUACCAUAUUUCACGUUGUCGCGAGGCCGCGCCGGUUGCCUGGCAAUCCUCGCGGCGAUGACGGUGAAAGAUUUAGGGAAGUCAGUGUUUCCUGGCAAACAAAACUUGUUGCAACAAAACAAAAGGUGAGUUUUCCCCCCCCCCACACCUUUAGACAGAACCAGGCUAAGCUAAUUGGAGUGGUGAUAUGGUGAUAUUAGAAAAAAACAAAUACACAUGGAUCCAUCCAUUAUCUAUAUACCGCUUUAUCCACUAAGGGUUAUUAAUUCUGCCACCCAGAUAUAUUUGACUGCCGUGCACCAUUCGGAUAGUCUGAAAAAAGUGAAUGGCAUCAAACCAACUCUUGUUGUUUUGGUCCAAUGUGGUGCGACGUGAGAGAAACUAAAUGUUGUGCUGACAGACACAGAAUUAUUCAAACGAACAAAACCAGUGAACUGAAUGUGUGCGAGUAUGAAUGUAAGAAUGUACAUACAGUAUGUGGACGUGUCAUAACGCAGCGUAACUCACUUGUUCCCAAAUCAGACCGCCUCGCCCUGUGUGUGUGUGUGUGUGUGUGUGUGUGCGUGUGUGUGUGUUUGUGUGUGUGUGUGUGUGUUUUGAGCAGCUGCAUUCAUCAGUUCCUCGAUAUCAAAAUCCAUCAGCGGUUACAUGACACUUGCUGAGAGCGUCUCUGAUGGAUGAUGACAUGUCGGGCCAGAUGCUUUACACCCUAAGUGCUAGGCGGAGGCAGGUGGCAGAUGUCACAAGCAUACCGAUGUGCUGGUCAGCGACUUCUGGCUUUUUUCCCCCAUACAUGCGCUAAAAGAAAUCAAUAUCUAAUCAAAGGGAUUACACAUGUUUAAUUCGAAGGACACGUAAUUAGUCUAACGAGUGGAAUCUGGAUCCUCCGGCGGGUUGACUGGAGGUCACUGGAGUCAGGACAUUAGUUACAGGCCGCAAGACAGACACAGUAUUUCCCACGAAGGCCAAACCUGCCUCCGUGAAAAGCUGAAAUAACCGUCUGUGCUCGUCCUUCGUGCCGCGGUCCGGCGCUCCCCCCUUUGUCUUCCUCCUCCCUAAAUGUCAGAGAGGAAGCACUUUGAUAAUGGGCGGAGGGAGAGGAACUUUGCUGAACUCAGCUCAGAUCUAAAAUCAAUGCGGGAAAAAAAGAAGAGGCAAAAGGUUGAAGAGGAAGCCCGGUGUGUGUGUGUGUGUGUGUGUGUGAUGUGAAUGGAAGCCGGUAACCAAGGCGCUAUUCUGUCAGUACGUUCGAGUCAAAAGUCAUGGAUUCCCAGCGAGUAGAUCAUAAUUACAACCUCCCAGCGGAUCAGCCGGAGGAACGCGGGGGAACAAAUCUUGUGCACCACCCGCAGCACUUUACAGUGGAAGUCGCAUUGACCCGUUCACACACACACACACACAUUCAUAUAGCACUUCUAUACACGGCGCAUUUUUGCCCAUCACACAUCACAUCAUUCAUACACUGCCAGCACAAAUCGUCAGGGACGAUUAAGGGGUUAAGUGUGUCGCCCCCGGAGUAGCUGGGGAUCGAACCCUUGGCCCCCUGGUUAGUGGACGACCCUCUCUCUGUCCCCUGAGCCCCAGCCGCCCCAGAUGGCCUUGACUUUAAGUCAAGUUGUGUGACGUCAGUCAGGAAGUCCACCGCUGCCGCAUCAGGACCUCCGACUCACGGCGACGUGCAAACCGGUUCGAAAACGUUUGACUUCUCUCCUGUCGGCGAAUCCGAUUCAUCUCCUCCUUCUCACCCGGGCCAGUGAAGGCGCUCCCUCCCUAGAGCUACAGAGUGACCCCCCUCCCCCCCUUGUGCGAUAAUGUAAUGAUAAAACUACAUGUACAUUAUAAAAACAACUGUAAUCGUAUUUAUGAAUAUAAACAAAUAUAUGAUGUAAAUGUAAAUGUACCACUAGCUUAGACCUGAUUUCAUAUGACGACACAGCUACAGUGUGCAUGUGUGCAUGUGUGUGUGUGUGUGUGAGAGAGAGAGCGAGUCUGGCUAAUUGUGAGCGCUUGUGACAGCAGAGUAUGUGUGUGUGUGUGUGUGUGUGUGUGUGUGUGACACACUUUUGCGAGUGCUCCCACGUGUUUUGUAUUUGUAUUUUUCAUUUGUGUAACAAACAGAUUUGUAAAGAUUUCCAGUGAACGGCGGCCUCACACUGCAGCACUGAGUAUUAUCGCCCACACGCCUCCACCUGCUCCUGUGCUCCGCUGGUUCACACACACACACACACACACACACACACACACACACUCUGUAAGGGAACUCGCCGUUUUCCUUUUGCUGUUGCCCUACUGUCGCGCCGUUGCGAGUUCUGGUUCGCGUCGGGGUUCACCUAUAGCGGCAGGGUUGACGGGUCAGCAGACAGCAGGGGCUGGCGGAAGUAUGAUGUCGUGCCUCACAACACUAUUAUACAGCCUUCCUUUGUUUACAAUGUAAUGAGCAUGUCUGAAGAGAAAAGCUAGCAACAUUCCUUAUAUACAAAUUGAACCCCUCGUGCAUCCUUAUGGACAUUUAAAAAAAGAAAAAAAAUCAUUUUGACUUUUAUUUUUUCCGUGUUGAUUUUUAUGUGUUUAUCUAUUUAUCAGAAUUUUGAGAUUUCAAGCUCAGCCCCGACAAUGCGUCUAAUAACGUACAACGUCGUGUACAGAAAAGAGUUACACUUGGGAAAAGUGUCCCCGUUGAAAAGCCUGUCACCUUUUCGAUUCCCUCUGGCGUUACAGCGUCAAAUCUGGUAUUCUGUGUGAUCAGACUUUAAUUCUGGAGCUGUAGUUUUCAUUAUCUGCUAAAACAAUGUAAAAAAACAUGUGUUGUUUCUAGUUUUCAUGGUUUUCCAAACAAAAUACUCCCCUUCUGCAUUUAGUGUAUGGAAGAUAAAUCAUUAAUCAUGGCACUGUUUUAAAACUGGAUUAUGAUCAGGAGUGAUGUUAUUUAAAAAAUGAAACUCAUUGAAAGUGGAAUAUCAUAUUAAUAUAAAAAGGGUUUGAUUAUGACGGGUACAUCUUUUGUUGAGUGUAAGUUGGGCAAAGCAAUGCACAAGGGUCAAUCGGGGCACGAAGUGGACAACGUAACUUUUCUAGAGCUCGUUUUGUAGGUUUUCUUCAAUCAUUAACUAAAAAUGAUCUUUCAACACAGAGUGGAGUGAAAGCGCGGGGGGUGUUGCAGGGCUCCGUCAAUGAAACCCCACGAGUUCAAGAGGCUCGACGAAAAUUUGCUUUCGUGGAAAAGAUGCCAAAGUGAAAAUUUGAAGUUGAGAACAGGGAUGUCAAAAUAAAAAAAAAAAAUUAAAUGCAGCUUUUUGAAUUAUUUGAAUGAACCAGAAAAACUUAAAGCUACAGUGAUAUGAGAAGAAAAAGACUAGGUCAAUAAUUAGCCAGUGAAACAUAGUGAAUCUUACGAGGAGGCAAAACCAAUCAAAUCCCUCAAGAGUCAAAGAGAAUCAGAACACAGCUAAGAGAGUUUGGUUUGUUCUGCUGCCUUGAUGUGGUGACAAACGGAGGAACAUAAAGACGUGUAGGAUUUGAUUGGCCGGAAGAUUCCUGCACAGAAAUAUUCUAACUAUAAAGACACGUUGCCUCCUGCUUUUGACUCGCCGGCGUAUUUUGUCGUCAUGGGAUUGUUUAAGCGGUGAAACUUGUUUCCAUCGGGACAGAACGCUUCGCAAAGUGGCUUUCGCCCUGUUUUGAUCUCCACUGUCCUCCGCUCAUUAGGUUCCAGGGGGUGACAGGGGGGACCAUUUGUGCUCGGUUGUGCGAUAGAAUUUCAUUCGUCAACAUUGCUCUAUGACGUUGAUGUAAAUGUCUAUUGGUUUUAGUUUUUUCUUCGUUUUCAAAAAAAAAAAUAAUAUUGUCACUGUAGCCGUCUAGAACAAAGACAAUGUAAUUAUUUUUGUUACAUAGAAUAAAAAAACAUGGAUGUCAA